CAGAACAGAUAUCGCCGACUUUCAGGGUGCUGUCCAAAACUGUGCGCACAUUUCAAGGUCAUGUCGUACUCACAGUUUCCCUGACUCGUGUUACUAACAUUCCAAUCUCUUUUGCACCUUUAAUUGUAGGCCUCCAACAAGGCUCGGGAGUGGCUUUUGGUGACCUCAGGGUGCGCCUUGAGCGGCUGACAAGCACAUCUGCGCACUGAUCUAGGGCGAGUGCAUAGGUGGGAUCUGGGACAAUGGGUGUGUAGCGACGGAAGACACAAAACAACCACAGAAGAACCUCUCUUUGACUGCUUAUUCGAUUUUUAUAAUAUAUUAUGUCUAAGCGAGUCAGACCCGGCUAUCAUCGCCAAGAAAUCAACAAAACCUCAUGGGAAGUACCCGAACGGUACCGGGAUCUGAAGCAGGUGGGAACCGGGGCGUACGGGACGGUAUGCUCAGCAGUGGACUCCAGAACAGGAACCAAAGUGGCCAUCAAGAAGCUGUACAGACCUUUCCAGUCAGAGCUCUUUGCCAAGCGGGCUUACAGGGAGCUGCGGCUUCUCAAACACAUGAAACAUGAAAAUGUGAUUGGCCUAUUAGAUGUUUUUACUGCUGACCUCUCGCUGGAUAUUUUCCAUGACUUUUACCUGGUGAUGCCGUUCAUGGGGACCGAUCUGGGGAAGCUGAUGAAGCUGCAGAGGCUGUCAGAAGAAAAGAUUCAGUAUUUUGUUUAUCAGAUCCUCAAAGGGCUUAAGUAUAUUCAUUCUGCUGGUAUAAUUCACAGGGACCUCAAACCAGGAAAUCUUGCCAUCAACCAAGACUGUGAGCUCAAGAUCUUGGACUUCGGCUUGGCGCGGCAGGCAGACAGUGAGAUGACGGGGUACGUGGUUACUCGCUGGUACAGAGCCCCCGAGGUCAUCCUGAACUGGAUGCACUACACUCAGACUGUGGACAUUUGGUCCGUGGGCUGCAUCAUGGCUGAGAUGCUGCAAGGAAAACCUCUUUUUAAAGGCAGUGACCACCUAGAUCAGCUGACUGAGAUCAUGAAGACCACAGGAACACCAACUCAGGAAUUUAUAUCAAAACUCGAAUCUGAGGACGCCAAAAGUUACAUCAAAAGUCUUCCAAAAGUGGAAAAGAAAGACCUUCAGAAGGUGUUUUCUACAACAAAUCCACAAGCUGUGUCUGUGCUUGAGCACAUGUUAUUGCUGGAUCCGGAGAACAGGGUAACUGCUGCAGAGGCUCUCACGUUGCCUUACUUUGCUGAGUUCAGAGAACCAGAGGAGGAGACGGAAGCACAGCCAUACGACCACUCGCUAGACAACACAGAUCUGCCCCUGAGCCAGUGGAAACGUCACACCUUCACAGAGAUCUUGACCUUCCAACCAGUUCUGCCAGAAUCCAAGGAAACCUCACUGUGAGACACAAAGAUUUGGCUGUGGAGCCUGGGGGCCAAAACAAACUAACAUCUUUUUAUUUUGAUCUCAACGCUGAAAACUCUUAGAUCACAAGGUUAAAUGAAUGCCCAUGGGCCCAAUCCACACUUCCCCUACAAGUGCAAUCCAGUUUUGGAUUUGUCUUUCAAUAUCAUGUUGCCUCCUGACUCUAGCAGCAGACCUUUCUUUUCAGCGUGUCCUACAGUGUUGAGGAUGUGAGCUUAGUUGCUUUAUAUCAGGUAAUAAUAUCCUUUGAUGAGUAACUAACAUCAAGGGAUUAUGGGUUGUACUAUAUGACAUACUUUUCUGAGUGGCACAUUGACGCGGGUGGAGUUCUUUAUCAAAUACUCCAUUACUUACCAGUCGUUAUGAAACACAAAUCAAGAAAUGGCAGUAUACACAUUUUACUUAAAAGGAAACAAAAAUGUUGUCAGAAAACUAAUGCCGAAAUGCUUAACAGAUCCAGUUUAGUAACGAUGCUUCAUCUGAGUCUUUUGCAUCAGUAGUACAAACAUAAUUUUAAGGUAGAUACUGCAAAUAAAACCUAAUUUUAUAUAUUGAGAAUUACCCCAUCUGGCAGUAAUUUUUUUCUGAUAUAUUGUUUUGGGAAAUAACUUCCUCUGCGGUGACUGCAUGUCCUUAAAAACAUAUGAUUGGAAUUAUUGGGAUGUCCUUGUCCGUGUGUGUGUGUGCGUGUGUGUGUGUGCGUGCGUGCAUGCGUGUGCAUAUGUAAGUUUAGUCGACAUGUCUGCCGUGACCUCACUGUUCCUCCCAGUGGCCUUAAGAUAAGAACACAACAACACUGCUGAUCAUACAAAAUGAAUCCCAGCAGGUUGUGCACAAACAUUCACGUCUUAAUUUCAUACUAGAUGUCACUCACAUCCGAUUAUGUUGAAAGUAGCACAAGAAACAUUGUGUUUGUUGAUAUUUAAAUUAAUGUUUCUUACACCACCCAUGCAUUUUUCUGAUUAAAGAUUCUCUUUGAAAACAG